AUGUGUCAUGCGGCUCAUGGCGAAAGACCACGCUUUCUGGUGGUCACAGCCUUCGAUUCCAGAUACGAGGUGGGUUUCCUGUGUUCGGUGGUCAAUGAGGCCUACUGCCAGCAACAUGGCCAUCGCUUCCGGAGGGUCUUGCUGAGCCCCGAGGACAUGGCGAAGCUGGCUGGAGGUCGACACUUGGCCUGGGCCAAAGUGGCUUUGCUGCGAAACUUGUUGCGUGGAAGAGGCUAUGACGGGUCGGCGAGUGGUGACUUUGAAGAAGACUUCGACUAUUUGGUAUGGAUUGAUGCUGAUGCCUUGGUUUUGGAUCACUCCGUGCGCUUGGAGGAUUUUCUGGAACUGCCCGUGCCAGCGAUGGACUUCAUCAUUGGAGAGGAUAUGGCGGACACAGACCUUUUGAAUACUGGCCUCAUGUUCUUCCGCCGCUCACAGUGGUGCCGCGAGCUGCUCCGAAGAUGGUGGGAAGAGAGCGACCCAAAGUGGCACCAGGAGGUGUGCUGGGACCAGACUGGGCUCUGCCGUUUGCUGCGCCAAGAUGGUUUCGGUCGUGAAGAGCCCUGGUAUAGCUGGGCUGGUGGGGCCCGAUACAAGAAUUGGAAGGGCCACAUCUUUACAGUUGACUUGGGAUUACUUCAAGAAGUUGAUUGUGGCAGCUUCAACUUCAAGUACUUAAACAACUGCGGCUUCGUCUUCCACGCGGUGGGCGAGCGCGAGCUGCUGCUCUCAGGCACUCGAAAUCUACUCUUGAAGCGCGACCGCCUCUACAUGGCUGUGCGCGACGGCUUUGUGCUCCAUGGAGGCGAUGCAAGCACCUGCCCCAGCGAAGCACUGGGGCUUCUGCCUGCGGCGGAGGUACCGGAGGCCAAGGUGAACCUGGAAAGGGCCCAACAGUUCUGGCGCUGCUUUGGGCUUUCCAAAACCAAGAAGCUGCAGCCCCCGCCAUUCGGAUGGGAGCUGCAAUGCUUAAGCCAUGCGUGGAAUGGGCGGCCGGUCCCCAACAAGGACAAACCGUGUGGGGAAGAAGAUGUCGGCUCGCGCCUUGCCCUGGAAAAAAGAAAGCUUAGAACAUGA